AUGAGCACGUCGUCUAGAAAACAAAUUCUUUCAUAUAUAACUGAUUAUAACGACUUUGACGUUUGGGAAUGCGUAGCUAAAUGUGAAAAUGAAGGUGAUCUUGACGCCAUAUCCGGGGAAUUAAAAGAUUACCAAACGAAAAACAAAGACGCUUUAGUAGAACUGAUAAAUUCUCGUUUUGAAGAACUUGUCUUUCUUUCCAAAACGUUAUCCGAGAUCAAGGAAUUAACCAAUGAGAUUAAAUAUCCGAUGAUGGUUUUAGAGAAGUCGACAACGGAGCAGAUUCGGGCAAUUCAAGAUCGAAUAUCAAAACUCAUAGAAACCCUCACACUCAAGUACAAAACAGAAGAGCAAAACGAAAAGGAUAAAAAUGAGCAAAAAAUCACACGCUGUUAUGACAGACUUAACAAAAAUUUGGAAAAUCCCAAAAGUGCAGAACAACUCGAAGUCGCAUGUUACCAGUUAGAGAUGGUUAAAUAUUUAGUUCACACCUUCGAAACAGCAAAUUGCUCUGUUGAGAUAUCUAAGACUUUUGGUGAUCUUGGAAAUCGCCUCCACGCACUUAUCGACCAGUUUUUGCUUGAUGCGGUGACUGCGCAGAAUCAAAAAGUGAUUGACAUAUGUACCAAUUGUUAUGGCUUACUUGGAGAGAUGGAGAUAUCGCAACCUUCAUUACAGAAAUAA